CAACCAACAACCCAUCAAAAAGCUGCAUCACACACUCCUCAAUCCUACUCUCUCUCUCUCUCUCUUUUCGCUAUAUAUACUUUGAAUAAGCAAAGUGAAUAGGCCAUGCGCGACUUCUCUUAUUUUUCUUGAAUUGAGAGACCUGGGAUUGCUGAAAAGCCUCAGCACCCAACUGGGGUAUAAUCUAUCUAUCUAUCUCUACUAGGAGCUUAUUAUUAUGGCGAUUUGGGGACUCGGGAAUUUGCUUUUUGCAUUAAUAUUAGUGGGCGGUGUGGCUGGCCAUCCUUCUUGUGGGUUUCCAGCUAUUUACAGUUUUGGAGACAACAAUUCCGACACCGGCGAACAUGCUGCCAUGUUCGCCGACGUGGGUUUGCCCAACGGCCAAACUUUUUUCCACGGCCCAUCUGGAAGAUAUUCCGAUGGUCGUGUUAUCAUUGAUUUCAUUGCUGAGGCUUUUGGAUUUCCAUUUUUAAGUGCAUAUUUGGAUUCAUAUAAGACGAAUUACAGACACGGUGCGAAUUUCGCGUUGGGAGGAUCGGCGAUCCGUGGAGGACACGGCUUUAGUCACACCAGCUUUCUUCAACAGGUCUUUCAAUUUGCUCAAUUCAAGACGCGCACCACCGCCCUCUUUAACAAACUCGGCUCUGAUCCCAAGAACCAAUCAGCAAAAAGCAUUCUCCCGAGGCCCGAGGAGUUCCGAAAGUCAUUGUUCAUAAUAGACGUUGGUCAGAAUGAUUUUGCCUUCGACUUACAACAUACUUCCCUCGAGGAUACCCGAAAACAAAUCCCUGAAAUGGUCAAAAGUCUUGUUGAGCCCAUCUCAACGUUUCUAAUUGGAAGGUACGAAGCAAGGCAUUUAGUGAUACAUAACAUUGGUCCCUUUGGUUGUCUUCCAUACCACAUUAAAUCGUACCAAAAGAAAAAUUCAACUUGUGCUUUGGACCAAUAUGGGUGCGUCAAGGAACUAAACGAGGCGGUUCAAGAGUUCAACAGACAAUUAAAACUCAAGAUUGCUGAGGCUAGGAAGGCUAACCCCAAUGCAACCAUCACAUAUGUUGAUGUCUAUUCAGCUAAAUACAAUCUCAUCAGCAAUGCAAAGAACCUAGGCUUUGAAGAUCCAAUGAAGUUUUGUUGCGGCAGUUAUAACGACCAAUACAUUCGGUGUGGCGAACAAGAUUCGAAUGGAAAGUUGAUUGGGACUGCAUGCAAUGAUCCAUCAAAGUACAUAAGCUGGGAUGGGAUACACUAUACCGAUGCCGCCAACAAACUUGUUGCCAAACACAUUCUUAAUGGCUCCUUGUCAGAUCCUCCAGUUUCAUAUGCUGAGGCUUGUCGUAUAUAAAAGUCAAUUGUCACCGUUCGAUCAUUUCACUAUGUAUGAUCAUAGUAUAUCAAUAUAGGCCUACCAUGUGUUCUGUGCAUGUUGCCUCCAUGAAAUGAAAAAUACUAUAUUGCCCACAUGUUUCUUUGUC